AUGGACGUUGGCUAUGUUGGCUUCGUUGACAACCGGAGAAUAUUGCUGCAGGUAGAAUACGCCACUCCGAUUCCUAAUGAUGCAUCCAUCCACCGGGCAUUCACCCGUCUCUGA